AUGGGACAUGAGACAGAGACCAACGCAAAACCUCAACCUUCGCAACGUCUCCCUUCUUCAUCUGCCGCCUUCCUACAUCACCUCCAUACCAAUCCUGCCUCUCAUCAUAUAAGCCUCUCCGCCAGUCACAACGGUGCUGGAACCAGCUCGUCUCCACGAUCGAUAUCAGUACCUUUAGAACCCACUGUCUCUGAUCCCAAUAAACCUAUCAGUCCUCCUUAUCGAUCUCCCACAAAAGCGACUACCUUCCCCUUGUCUCCUGCUCCUCAGUCGACCGCUGGCCCCUCCACGUUCAGCGGGCUGAGCCGGAACCCAUCCGCGAAACGAGCGAGACCGAAAACUGCUCCAGGAAGGAAAGAAGGGUACGCUUCGUCACCUCCCAUUCCCAUAGAUCCAUCGCCGGUUUCAUCAACAGAUCAAAGUACAGUUGGUAACGAACAACUGGCGGAGAUUGCCAGCUCUGGAGAUUCCUGUCUUGCUACGUUUGCCCAGGAGGAAGCGGGGUUGACAGAAGCUGUAGACAUGCUUUCGGUAUCGGGAGGGGAGAAGGAAGGGAAGACAUUCUUAUUGGGAAAAGCCGGUUCAUUGGCUUCUGGUUCAUCCGACUCAGCCAAACAACAAGCCAGAGCCCCAUCGAUACCUUCCAUGGACUGGACCACAUUCUCACACGCCUACGCCCAUGGUCUGUUUGACCCUAACAAGAUUCCCAACCCUCCUCAUUCGGGUGAUUCACCCACAGACGUCCAUUCAGCCCACUCCUCUCCAGGAAAACGAUACUCUUCGACCUUACCUUCACACUUAGGCGACAACACGAGCAGCUCGGAAGGAUACAGCUCCAAGAGUUCUGGUGGAUCGACGAUGACUUCCGUCAGCUCAGCGCCUUCCACAUCUGCAGGAUCGGUCAGACCUGGGUCAAUGGCAGCUGCGAUGGCAGCGAGGAAAAGAGCAUUCGAAUUGGAACAUUUACCAGAUCGAGUGCAUGAUCAAGUUUUACGUCCAGAUAAAUUGGCAUUACCUUCCUACUCCCUCGCAGCAGCUACGGUACGAAUGGCGGCUUCAGGAUUGAGGGAAUCAGAUUUCGCUCCACUAGCCAUGCCUAGUCCCGAAAGGGAAUUGCUAGAUCCGAUGGCUUCUGUCUGUUCAACCGAUUCCAACGGUACGACGAGAGAUAGUGCAAGCUCGGAUCCCGGUUCAUCAAGAUUCCCUUUACAUCGAAGUAUGUCUAGUGCAGUGGGGACCAACAUAUUUGGUAACUUGCGAUUACCAACUAUCCAAGCUAGUCCUGUCAGUACACCAAACGAACCUCAUGGAAAAGGAAUACUCAAAAUUUCUGAACCUGAAAUAUCACCUCAUAAAGUACGUCUAGGCGUGGUGAACAGUCGCAUCCCGCCUGCCUCGGCUCCAUUGGAAAUAAGAGGCGGUGAUCCAGAAACACCUACGGAUUACUUCGGUACAGCUUCGCCCCUCGCUGCGGCAAAUUCAUCCUCCUCCUCCACUGCCGAUGAACCCACGCCGAAGAUCACUACUGGUUCUAGAACUCCUGAUCCACCUGCCCGUCCCACACCACUCAGACCAAGUGUUGAGCAAAUACCCAACAUCGCUCACCCUCAGGAUAUCGGACCGUUAUACGAUAAAUUGGGAUGGUUGCCGGCUCCACUUCCCCCGGAUGAGACUGCUCGUCGCAGAGCUCUAUACCGAUUCAACAUCCUUCAUACCGCCGCAGACCUAAAUUUCGACCGUAUAGCACACAUGGCCAAACUCGUUUUCAACCCCAAGAUUGUUCUUAUAGCAUUGAUAGAUAGUGAGACACAGUGGCACAAAACUCAAAGUGGAUUAGGGGCGGAGGAAGCAGCUAGGAUAUCGAGUUUCUGUAGUCAUUCGGUUCUUGCUAGUCUCUGUAUUAUCGAUGAUAAACCUCGAGCAGAAUUCCCACCGAGAUCUAGAUUGAUACUGAAAGAAUUCGCCGCUGUCACUAUGCGAGAGAUGGAGCUUUGGCGAGAUAAGUUGCAAUUGCGGGUCCGUGAUAAAAUCCAAACUUCCAUGGAGAAAUUCACUCGAGAAUGCUUGGAGAUGGAUGCCAAUUCUUCAGCUUCAAACGCUGAAGCAGCAGCCAAGAUGGAUCAGGUCUAUUCUCGAGCAGCCCAGCUCGUCUGUUCGACACUGGAUCUAGAUGGAUCGUUCAUCCUGGAUAUCAGCCAGAUCGAGAUGGUUCAUGUUGAUACCCCAACAGGAAAGAAGACGGUCUAUCGAGCCGAUCCAUACAGUACAGCCGAACAGCAAUCACCCGUGCUAGAACAAAGUGAAACGUUUGGUCCCGUCAAUGCUUUCCCCGUGCUAGCGACGAUCCCAAGCUCGAUGCCCAGUCGAUCACUGAGCUCUCACGAACAUGAAAAAUUCUCAGAGUUUUUACGAGAUCAUAGGGAUGGCAAAAUAUUUGAAGGUAUCGCUCCUAUAUGGAUUAGAUACAUGUUUCCUCAGAAAUUCAGGUAUGGUAUGGUGGUACCCAUCUAUGGUGUAGAUCAACAGCCUUUCGCCCUGAUUUGUGCGUACACCACCAAUAAAGCCAAACAAUUCUUAGAAGGGUACGAACUUCAAUUCCUUAGAGCCAUUGGAGUCAUUAUCUUGACUGCUGUAUUGAGGAGAAGGAUGGUCUUAGCCGAUAAGACUAAGAGUAUAUUGAUCUCUUCGGUCAGUCACGAACUCCGAACACCUCUGCAUGGUAUCCUGGCAGCAGCAGAAUUACUCAGCGAUACAUCCCUCGAUUCCAACCAACUUGCUUUCCUCAAGACUGUCCAGACGUGUGGAAACUCCUUGAUCGAAACUGUAAAUCACGUUUUGGAUUUUACGAAGUUAUCCGGGUCUGGAAGUGGAAAGACUACAAGUGGGAAAUUGGGCAAAGUCAAUUUGGCCGCGCUGGUUGAACAGACCGUGGAAGGGUGUUGGAUCGGUCAGAGAGCGAGGUUUUUCAUGGGUGAUGCGGAUAUUGGAAGUUUCUAUGCGCCACCUACAACAAGUGGGCUGCUCCCGAAAUCGCAAAGAGCGCAGGUCGGGGAAAAAUUGUCUCAUGUAGAGACUGUCAUUGAUAUAGAUCAGAGGGAGAAGGGCUGGAUGGUAAGGUGUGAGAAAGGUGGUUUGAGAAGAGUCCUCAUGAACUUGGUUGGAAAUUCGUUCAAAUUCACGAAGGAUGGAUAUGUCCAAAUCACCUUGCGAGAGAUGCCUCACCCACCUGGAUCACGUACGAUACCCGUUGAGAUGGCGGUGGUAGAUACUGGUAAAGGAAUAGGAAAGGAUUUCCUGAAAGAUCAAUUGUUCCACCCCUUCUCACAGGAAAACCCUCUACAAACUGGUACCGGUCUUGGUUUGGCCAUUGUAAAUUCCAUCGUUCGAUCCGAGAAUGUCAAUGGGAAAGUCGACGUAUGGUCAGUCGAAGGGAUGGGUACAGAGAUCAAAGUGUCCUUCGAAGUGGAAGUGGACGAUGAUGAUGACGAUACCUCUUCCAAUUCUUCACACAUCUCUUCAAGUACGACGAUGACUUUGGGUCAAGGUCUCAACGUCUCCUUCUUAUCGUUCCACCCUGAACACCGUGGACACCGAUUAUCUCUUGAGGUACUUUCGAUGUACGCCAACGCAUGGCAAUUCGGUAUAGUCGAAGAUCCCUUUAUCAGCGAUAUCAUAGUGAUCAACGAGGAUGAAGCCCUUUUUGAAGAAUAUCGUAACAAAGGCAAACCUGUCUUAUAUGCUAUUGCAGUAAGGGGGAUGGAGGUCAAUCAAUGCUGUGAAGCUAUCAAGAAGAAUGGAGGGUUCUGUCACCUACUGUACAAACCUAUUGGACCAACGGCGUUCUAUAAUGGAUUGGCAAAAGCUAUCGAUUGGUUGAACCAUGCUUCGCCGGGCCAAUAUGAUCACAAUGUCGAUAUUGAUGUUGACGACACUCAGUCGAACCAUAGUCAAGAUAACCAUUCAAGACCUAGUAUAUCAAGAGGAUCUUCAGGUGCUUCAGCGGAAUCCAAUUCGACAAUCAGUGAAUUAUCCAGUGUACGAUUUGCUCAACCGUUAAAAGAUCAUAGAUUACCUUUACAGAGAAGACGAUCAGAAGAGAAUGAACAGGUCCAACAAGUCAUUAGACCAUCCCUUGGACCAAGAGGGAUGACGUAUCAUGCUCCAAGACGAGUCACCUCUGCUUCUGUCGCAAGUGAUGAUACGGCUCAAUCUUCACCUCAACAGGGAUCUGCCUCGCCCACAUCUACCAUAUCGACUAUUUCCCUAGCGGAUGGCGGUGUCAUGUUGAAAGCUGCUACGGUACCUACCGAGACGCCAAGAAAGGGAAGAUCAGCGAGGGUCAUGGUGGUGGAGGAUAAUGUUAUAAAUAGGAGAGUAUUGGGAGCGUUCCUGAAGAAGAGGGGAUUCGAAUAUGCCGAAGCUGUUGAUGGAAGAGCUGGUGUUGAGCUGUUUGAGAGUACGCCGCAGAAUUACUGGGACGUAAUCUUGAUGGACAUUUCCAUGCCAGUCAUGAACGGACACGAUGCGACCCGGGCAAUACGUAAGAUCGAAGCUACCCGUCGAGAUGCUCCACAGGAUAUCCCAUUCGUGCCACCACCAGGAAGACCAGUCUCCAUACCGCCCGUCAAAGUGGUACAGGCCCGAGCGAAAAUAUUCGCUCUGACUGGAUUGGCAACACAGGAUGACAAGCGGGAAGCAUUUGGAAGUGGGGUAGAUGGAUAUCUCGUCAAGCCUGUUUCGCUAGCGAGUCUAGAUACGAUAUUUAAAACUGAACAUCGUCCAUUCAAUUGGCUACCGUUACCAGUCUAUGAGGAUGGGGACCUGUUCAAGAUCAAAUUACAAUAA